AUGACUGGACUUAGCUGCGUCCUACUAGCGCUGCUAGCAUCUCUCGCCGUACUGCAGCACAUGACGGCUGCUGCUGCCGUUGACGGUGUGAUCAUUGUGCGUGGCAACAAACUCUUUAACGCCAAGUCGGGCAAGCGCUUCUUUCUUAAAGGGUUGACGUACGAAUACGCAGUGAGUGAUGAAUACUAUGACAAGUAUUCCAAGGCUAUGAUUGAGGAAAACUUGGCUGGGCUAGAGUACAAUACGCUUCGUCUAUACAACAUUAACCCGUCAUCAUCGUACAAGAACUUUAUGAACGACAUGGCCAAACUUGGCGUGUACGUGAUGGUUUCAGCCUCGCCCGAUAAUGACGUCUACUACGGCAAGUAUCGCUACUCGACGAUCACUAAGAAAUUGAGUUGCUCGGGCAAAGUGUCGUCUGGUGACGGUGCCAAGACUGUGGAUCAGACCGAGACUUGCUACCCGGCGUUGCUGCUCGAGUAUGGCAAGAAGAUUAUUCAGAACUUUGCACAGUACGAUAACACUCUUGGUGUCGUUGUGGCCAACGAAAUCAUGCAGGCGGACCUGACAGCUGCCUCAUGUGUGAAGGCUUACGUGGCUGAUUUGAAGAACUGGAUGGCAGCUAAUGGCAAGAAAACUCGCAUUCUACCGCUUGCCUACGCUGCUGCUGACAGUAGUAACGACAAGGUCUCUAAUGCCGACGACUACCACGUGAUUAAGGUUCAGGGACUUUUGUGUGGCGACAAAAUGACGGAUGGCAUGAUGGCGGAAAGUAUUGAUAUUUACUUGAUCAACGAGUACCGUUGGUGCCCGGAUUCGACGUUUGCCGAGGCAUAUAAACGCUACAUUGAUAUGGCACAGGGCAUCCCCAUUGUCGUUGCCUUUGGCGAGUACGGCUGCAAGACUUCUGCCUCGACUCCUCGUGACUGGGGGAUGAUUCCUUACUUGUACCAAGAGCCUGCAAAGACUGAGAUGUUUACGGCAGUUUGGUCAGGUGGUUUAGCCUAUUCGUAUGGUGAAGCCAAACUUAGUCCCGAUUCGCUGUUCCCGAUGUUUACAGGUGGAAGCACGGACUUUUUGGGGGAGCCUAGUUCGAAGCCCUCAAAGGACUACUCUAACUUGAAGGCUCAGUUUGCCAAGUACUCGGCCUACACAGACGAUGCGACAUGGACCAAAACCACCAAGUGCUCGUGGGCACCUAAGUUGGAAACAAAGACACAGCCAACAAACAAGGAGGCAACGAAGUACGGCUGGAUCGUGAGUAGCUGCUCUGCGGAUAACUUGAAGAUCGCCAGCACGGACUCGUGGAUUUGUUCUAGUCGUGAAGGCGUGGUUUGCACGGACGAUGGCAGUACGUGUGAUGUGAGCCUGAGCAAAGCUAUCGGUACGACCCAGGAAGACAUUUGCGGCACUUAUGAAGUAAAGAGCGGCGGUGGUACCUGCGAGAGCACGUCUGACUGCGGUAGUAAUGGCCAGUGCAAGGAAUCAAAUGGCUCAAAGUCGUGCAGCUGCCUGCCGUGCUACACUGGCUCUGACUGCAGUGUUAAGGACAUUAGUUCGUGCGCGACACUGAGCAGCUCGGACUCAGCUCCACAGACCAUUUUCAUUGGCGUGGGUGUAUUUUUGGGCAUCAUGGCGGUGGUGUUUAUUGCUCUUGGUGUCGCAGCGGCGAAGAAGAAAGCUGAUACGACCAGAUUGGCGCGGCAGGUGAAGGCGGAUAGCAACACCCAAGUGAGUGCUUCUUCGGUGUAG